UUGGGGUGUGCGGGCGGAGUGGCAGCGCUUGACGCCAGGGAACUGAAGCUAUAUCAAGUGCAUUUGGAUCUGGGUCAGGUCAGCGGUGCGAGGAGGCCGGGGAGGGGAAGAGGGGGCAGGGAGGGGGGGCUCCAUCUAGGUCACAGUACCACGGCCAAGGGUGGUCUGCUAAGGUAUAAGAUGUACGUCGGUCAGCAGUUGCACGUGUCAGCGUGGAGGCAGCCACUACAUUCGGUCGAGGACAGAGGGUGGUUAGCAACAGGGUGGAGUGUCGCAAAGUGCAAGGUAGUUCACGAUCCAUUCGCGCAUAACGUGAGGGGUGCUGCCGGUGCGAGCCGGACUAUCAUGCGAGCGACCAGUUCCCUGCCAUUUACUCCUCUAACUGUUUACGAGGCGGGGAAUGAUCUGCGCGCUUCUAGUACCGCAAUGUCUUCCGCGUUUUAA